AUGCAAUUCAAGUUUGCUACCUUCGUUGAGGUCGCCUUCUUGGCUUCUUCUGUGGCAGCUAUCUGCCCCGGUUACAACUACGGAAUCAUGGACCUCGGAUAUGACGUCGGCACUGGAACAGAGGGCUACGCCGUGGUGGAUGAUUCUUGCAACCAGGUGGCUGGAGCAAUUACUCACAACGUCUGCGACGAACCGCUGUUCUCCUGCUCUCCGGCGCCUAUCACGAUCACCGCCUUGCAUUAUGGUGGCCAAAACUAUGCCUGCCGAGGCGACGUUAACUCAGGAUCAUGUGACGGUACAGCCGUUCAAGUCUGCUGCCGCAAUGACGGAAACUAA